AUACUACGCUGGGAGCCCGGGAUACUCCCGAGCGCAGGCGGGGAGGCUGGGGGAGGGGGUGCGGUGGGAGGAGGAGUAGAAGACAAAAGCCGUAAGCGAAGAGGGCCCGGGCGGCACACACUGGCAGGAAGGGCGCCGUCUGCGCAGCGAGCAGCCGGCGCGGGGAGGCCGCGCUGCACGGGGCACCCCGGUCGCAGGCAGCAUGGGGAAGGGGGGGAACCAGGGCGAGGGGGCAACGGAGCGCGAGUCCCCGAUGCCCACCUUCAGCUGGGAGGAGAUUCAGAAGCAUAACCUGCGCACGGAUAAGUGGCUCGUCAUAGACCGCAAGGUUUACAACAUCACCAAAUGGUCCAGCCGGCAUCCGGGGGGCCAACGGGUCAUCGGGCACUACGCGGGGGAAGAUGCUACGGAUGCCUUCCAUGCCUUCCACCCUGACCUUGAUUUUGUGCGCAAGUUCUUGAAGCCCCUGCUGAUUGGUGAGCUGGCCCCGGAGGAGCCCAGCCAAGACCGCGGCAAGAACUCUGAGAUCAUCGAGGACUUCCGGGCCCUGAGGAAGACUGCCGAGGACAUGAACCUGUUCAAGCCCAACCACCUGUUCUUCCUCCUCCUCGUGGCCCACAUCAUCGCCAUGGAGAGCAUCGCAUGGUUCACCAUCUUUUACUUUGGCAACGGCUGGAUUCCUACCCUCGUCACGGCCUUUGUCCUUGCUACCUCUCAGGCCCAAGCUGGAUGGCUGCAACACGACUAUGGCCACCUUUCUGUCUACAAGAAGUCCAGGUGGAACCACAUUGUCCACAAGUUCAUCAUUGGCCACUUAAAGGGUGCCUCCGCCAACUGGUGGAACCAUCGCCACUUCCAGCACCAUGCCAAGCCCAACAUCUUCCACAAGGAUCCAGAUGUGAAAAUGCUGCACGUGUUUGUCCUGGGCAAGUGGCAGCCCAUCGAGUACGGCAAGAAGAAGCUGAAAUACCUGCCUUACAACCACCAACACGAGUACUUCUUCCUGAUCGGGCCCCCGCUGCUCAUCCCCAUGUACUUCCAGUACCAGAUCAUCAUGACCAUGAUCGUGCGCAAGGACUGGGUGGACCUGGCCUGGGCCAUCAGCUACUAUACCCGUUUCUUCAUCACCUACAUCCCUUUCUAUGGCGUCCUGGGAGCACUCGUCUUCCUCAACUUCAUCAGGUUCCUGGAGAGCCACUGGUUUGUGUGGGUCACGCAGAUGAAUCACAUUGUCAUGGAGAUCGACUGCGAGUCCUAUCGCGACUGGUUCAGCAGCCAGCUGGUGGCCACCUGCAACGUGGAGCAGUCCUUCUUCAACGACUGGUUCAGUGGGCACCUCAACUUCCAGAUCGAGCACCACCUCUUCCCCACCAUGCCCCGGCACAACUUGUACAAGAUCGCCCCGCUGGUGAAGUCUCUGUGCGCCAAGCAUGGCAUCGAGUACCAGGAGAAGCCGCUGCUGCAGGCCCUGCUGGACAUCAUCAGGUCCCUGAAGAAGUCUGGGCAGCUGUGGCUGGACGCCUACCUCCACAAAUGAAGCCACAGCCCUCGGCAUGCCCAUGGGGAUGACGGCCACAGGAAGGGUGGGCUUUUGUUCCGAGGGGUGUCCAUGAGGCUGGAGUACACGCCACUCGUGGACCCCGUGUUUGCUCUUUCUCUUCUCCUUCCCUUCACUUCUCUCCCAAACUCUGCCCUCCUGGGCCUACCCUCUGUCAGCCUGGCCCUCUUCCCCCAACCUCACAGCCCCUUCUCCCCAGCAGCAGAGGGGGUGGCCACGGGAGGUGGCACCGUCCCUGCCUCUACCCUCUGCCCCUACAGACUGAAGGAGACUAGAGGUCUACGGAUCUGGCUCUCCUUGCAGCCUGGCCACCAGGCCUCACACUCUCCCCUCUUGUCCCUCAGACGCUCUCGGGAUCCGUGGGACAGGGUCCUAGGCGGCAAGGCUCCCGACCCUCCAGGCCUGGCUCUGCUCUCCACGUCAGCCACCACUGGUCUGCCCUUUGUAGGGAGGGCCCACGGCUGGGACCAGUGGGGCCUCCCUUUGGAUGUCCAGGGCCCUGGGCCUAUGGCACAGCUAGCUCAGACCUUGGGGCCCAGAGAAAUGUCCUCCCGCGCCCACCACUGGAGCACUCUGGCCCUGGGCUUGUGCAGGCCCCAUUCUACCACCUUCUCAACUCGAGCCUAUGACCUUGCCACCAAGGGGGAGUCCCUGUGGGUUCAGCAGAGAAGAUGGCCAGGUUGGGGGAGGGGCCAGCCGGCCUUGUUCAGAUGUUUGUCUUAGCUGAGAGGCCCAAGAUUAAGGAGCAGUCAGACCCUUUUCCCAAAUGCUCCGUCACCUGCUGGACAGUGCCAGCUAACCCUGGCUACUUGCCCUAAGGGGACUUGGGCCCUGCAAGCUGCAGGAGGGCACUGGAGCCGGAGGUCCUGGCCCCUGCCAGAAUCAGGGCUGCCAUGUAGACAGCACUGUCUCACCACCCCCAGGCGCUCCUGUCUGCACUCUCUGUUCCGAACCUUUUGCUCCAGGAUGCAUUCCGAUAGGCGCGGGCAGGGGCUGGGCCUGUGACAAUCUGCCUUUUACCACGUGGCCUUGCCAGCCUCCCCCAGGCCGGGCUCGCUCACGGUGGCCAGGGUGGCCCUACAGUCAGGGCCUCUAGGCAGGAGGCAGUGGAGGAGGCAGCCCUGUGUGGCCAGGGGACAGGAACCUCAUGAGGGCUGAGCUGAAGCCCAGAAGAGGAGCCGGUGGGGGCCGGAGGUGAGGGCAGGAUGUCUCGCCACUGGGAGGAAUCCUGAGCCGCUGCGUUCAAAAUCUAACCCACUAAUCAAUAUUUAGAUUCAGGGGCGGGGCGGGGCAUGAACAACUCAGAGGGGACCAGCAUCUAGUGUUGACAGACCUCCGGGUUGCCAUGGCAACAGGGCCCGCCUGGGUCCCCCGCCAGCUACCGUAUGUCAGGAUGAAUCCAUAGGGAACUGAUCUUAAUUUUUAUCAUGUUUCUUCCCCACCCCUACAUUUGUUGGAAAUAAAGGAAGUAAUUUUA